AAAACAGAGAAGGCGGACAAAAGUUGUGAAACGCCUCCACUGACUCCCAAGAAAAAGGCACGCAAAAGUGACAACCCAGACAAAGAAAAGAUUCAACGAGCGGCUACAUAUGCUUUAGAUGACAAAGAUGGGUAUGGGUCUCCCAUUCGGACCUCCGGGUCAUGUGACUUAACGCCCGACAAACCCAAACGAAUUGAGAAAGAAAAAACAAAAGAAUCAAUUAAAGCUUCUCCUCGAAAGGAUCGCAAAGAAGAAAAGAAGAAGGAGAAAGAAAAGGAGAAAGAGAAAAAGAAGGAGGAGAAGGAGAAAAAGCAAGACGAGCUCAGAAAAUCAAAACAGCUCGCUCCCUCCGACCCAAAGACCCGCACCGACAAAAAACUCGAGAAGCGAAAGAGUGAUGUUUCAGAAGCAAAAAAGGAGAAAAAGAACAUCGAGGUCACCGUCGAAAUCGGAUUUUUGAUACAAAAUUUCCAGAAGGUGAUGAAAUGUUGUUCGGGGAUGACAGUACGCGAAGUGAUUGAGAAAAACAUGUUGACGAUAAAGGAGGGAAUGCAUGACGAUGUUGUUGUGUAUAAGUCCAACGGGGAAAUUGUUUUAAUGGACGACACCAUCUCGAGUUGUGCCGAUGGGAAUAAAGCGUAUUUGUAUGUGUCAAAAUCCGGGAGGAGGUCUGCGAAACAGAUCACCUUCGACGUCGAAGAGAAAGAGAAAGAAAAAUCGAAGGACGGGAAAGCAAUAGACGUCCAGACGGUGUUUAACCUUGCGCGGUGGAUCUACAUCCACGGCAUCGAAGUUGAGGGCCUCUUUCGAGUGAACGGCGACCAAGGUUUUGUGAGGAAAAAACUCGAGAAGAUGGCGAAACACUCUGAACACCCCACAGAGUUUUUGGUGGAAAUGAACCAUGGCGUGACUGAUGUACAUAACGUUGUUGGGGUGUUGAAAUCGUAUUUGCGGGAGAGUUGUCAUGGGAUAUUUAAUUUGAGCGACGCGGAUAUCGUACUGAAUUCCGAAGACCGUGCUUCCAAAUUGAACGGCAUAAUAACACGCCUCACCGAAAGCGAUAAAUUGUCGUUGUGUAUCAUGUUGAAUCUUGCGGAGGCAAUAAUAGAACUGAAGGAGUAUAACUCGAUGGGGUUGUCGAAUGUUGCUGUCGUUUUUGGACCGAUGUUAAUACACUCGAAUGGCGCAGUCAGCAUUAUGGGAACACAGUGCCAACUUGAAAUGGCAGUCCUCCUCAUAAACAACGCGCAGAACAUCAGAAAAUUGCUGUGCAUCGACACAUUCUUCCCUGUGGAGGAGACAAUUUCGAAGUUUGAAACGCCUGCGGAGUUCAGACGGUCGGAAGGAGAGAUAGAUCGAUUCAUGUAUGAUAUCUCGUGCUUGGACAAAGACACGCAGGACCUUGCACACGAUAUUGUUGGAUGGAUGGAAAGUUUGUUGGGAGGGCAGGAAAAGGAAGCGAUUCAUUGGGUUGAUGUGUUUUAUAAGGAAAACACCGACCAUUUUCUUUAUAUAGUAAACAUGCUCACGCCGGACUUUGUCCUCGAGGUAACAGAGAGUAUACUCGCCCAGACCAAGGACGAUAUGAAACAAUAA